UGACACUCCCCUCCCCCCUCUCUCUUCCAAAACCCUCUCUCUCUCUCUCCUUGCUCGCUUGUUUCCUAUUUUCCUCUUCCCCUCGCAUCGCAGCACAGCGGUAGGCAUUUCGCUUCCAUUGCUUCUCCUCCUCCUCCGCCGCCGCCGCCGCUGCUGCUCGUCUUCCCUCUCCCGACCCGCCACCCGCCUCCUCGCCGGUUUGAUUUUUUUUUUCUUUUUGUUCACCCGGCCGGGCGGGGCGAGCUUGCGCUCUCUUUUCUUCCUUCCUUUUUCUUGGAUUCUAUUUCGGCUUUGGUUGUUCGGUCGGGGGGGGGGGGGGGGCGCAAGAAUCGGAGUAGGAGGUCAUGGUGGUUAGGGAAAAGCAAGGUGGCCGGAUGGGGAAGGGGAAGGGGAAGGGGAAGGAGAAGGAGUGCGACAUUAACUGCUUCGGGAGGAGCUUCUUCCGUGUGCUUCUCACCCUGCAAUCUCUGGAGCGGAUGAAAAUCCCAUCAUCAUUCAACCAAUGCCUUCAGAAUCAACCUACUGGGAUGGUUUCUCUGGUUGAUCGAAGUGGAAAUAAAUGGAGUGCAGAGCUGACUUCAGACUCUGAGGGAUUCUUCUUUGUGCAUGGAUGGAAAGAAUUUGUCAGAGAUAACUCAAUUCAGUGUGGUCAAUUUUUAGUAUUCACUUAUGAUAAACGGUCACAAUUCUCAGUGACAGUCUUUGAACCUUCAGGCAUUGACAAGAUAUCAACUUUCUCUGCUCACCCUUCCAAAAAUGUGAUCAUUAAAACAGAAAGUGAUGAAGGGGGCAUGGUCACCGCAGCUAUCACAACAGAGAAAAUGGCUCCCGCCCUGAAGGAAAAUAAUGGAAUCACAGGAAAGAGAACUAGAGAUGUAGAUUACCUUAUGGAAGAUAGGGUGGUUGUAUUUAAGAAGUCAUCUGAGGCUAAUGUUUGCGAAAGUUCUAGGAGAAAACGUGCAGGAGCUUCUGCUGGCAAGUCCAAGGUAACAUCGACAAGCCAUAACAGUACCAGAGGUUCAUCAUGCAGCUCAGAUGAAGAUAAUUCUUCUAGCAAGUCACCAAAUCCACCAUUCCUGAUGCGCUUUCUGUCUGGUGAGGUGUCUCGGCGUGGUAGAUGUGUUUCAAAGGGUCAAAGACAACUAACAGUAAUAUCACAGAGGCGUCCGGUAACUGAAGCAGAGAAGGACCAUGCUCUUCAAAGGGCAAGAGAGUUUAAAUCUAAGAAUCCUUUUGCCGUGCAAAUAAUGAUGGAGUCAUAUGUCUAUGUUGGAUUUUUCAUGAAUAUCCCAUGUGAAUUUGUCCGUGAGUGUCUUCCCCAUACCAACAAAAGGAUCACACUCUGGGAUCCACAAGGGAAGGCUUGGGAAGUUAACUAUGUCUACUACAGUGAUCGUUCUGUUGGUUCUUUCAGUGGUGGCUGGGGCAAAUUUGCUGUUGGCAACAAUCUGGAGAAGUUUGAUGUGUGUGUCUUCGAGCUUGUCCAGAAGGAUAACAUAAAAGUGCACAUCUACAGAGUUGUCCCAGAAAUUACUCCGCACAAACUCCGUUCUGACCCGAAGUAACAUUGCUAUGUCGGCAUGUUGGAGGCUUCAAUUCCAUUGAUCUGAGGCUGUAGUUGGCAGUUAAAAAACUAUUUAUAUGUUGGUUUCUAUAAAAAAAAACAAAAUAAGUGCCUAGUUCAUAAGUGAACUAUUGUUCCGGUUGGGUUGUUGAAUGACUAGUUUAGACCUGGUUGUAUUGGUUAAGGAGUGUACUAUUGUUGCGGACGUGCAGCCAUUGUAAUGCUAAAAUGUAACUUGCAUUUUUUUUUGUGGCUGUAUAAUAUUUUUACUGUUAUGUUUCAUGAUAUAUGUCAUAGGUAGUUGAUUUCA